AUGGAUAAAUACGAAGUUAUUGGAACUUUGGGGGAAGGCUCAUUCGGCAGAGUAUAUAAAGCAAAGCAGCUUUCUAGUGGUGAAUUUGUUGCUCUAAAAGUAAUCAGCAAGAGAGGAAGAUCAGCUAAGGAGCUAAAAGGAUUUAGAAGAGAAUGUGAAAUACAAAGGGACUUGCAUCAUCCGAAUAUAAUUCAAAUGUUAGAUUCAUUCGAAACCGAAAAUGAGAUUGUAGUUAUAACUGAAUUCGCACAUACGGAGUUAACGAGCGUUUUGGGAAAAGUCGGUUAUUUGCCAGAAGAAAAAGUACAGAAAAUUGUAUGGGAUCUUGUUUCAGCAUUGUAUUAUUUACAUUCCAAUAGAGUUUUACAUAGGGAUUUAAAACCUCAAAAUAUACUACUUGAUAUUAAUAACAUAGCGAAAUUGUGUGAUUUCGGCUUUGCUAGAAACAUGAGCACUGGAACCCACGUUCUAACAUCUAUAAAAGGUACACCUUUGUAUAUGGCUCCGGAACUGAUAGACGAGAAACCCUACGAUUACACAGCCGAUCUUUGGUCUCUGGGAUGCAUAAUUUACGAAUUAUUAAUGGGAACUCCACCGUUUUGUACUUCAUCCAUACUGCAUUUGAUAAGAUUGAUUAAAUACGAGCAUAUUCAAUGGGACACUUUAUCAACUUUUUUAUCCCAAAACUGUACAUCUUUUUUAAAGGGGUUGCUUCAAAAAAAUCCCUCUAAAAGGAUAACGUGGAACGAAAUAUUAGUCCAUCCUUUUAUUAAAGGUCACGUGAAUAUUGCAAAGAAAACUCCACCGCAAUCUUUAACCAGACCGUUAUCUCCUAACACGUCCCAAGCCAAAGAGCAGCAGAGGAAAGAGAGCAUGAAAAAUAAAUUAUCCAAAAUUCCUUCGCCGAAACCCGUCGAGACACCUUCAACUUCGAAAACCAGUAAACACUCAUCAGAACAACAGAAGAAAUUGAACAGCCAAGAUAUGCAAAACAACAAUGCACAUUUAGAUGUAGAUGUAAAAAUAACCGAGUCUACCGAUCAAAAAUCGCUAGAAAACGAUUUGUCUAAUUUAAGAAUCAGUUCGAUUAAAACCAUCGAGCAACUCAGCCAAGGAAGUUUGGUGAAAAGUACUCUACAAACAUUCAAUUUCAUCGAAGACAACCAGCCCAUCGAAACCGACGAAUGGAUAGCAUUCCUCACCCGAACUAUACAAGAAAUCAUAGACGGUGAGCUAGUAUCGUUGACUGAAUCUAGCCAAGCGAACGUUAUAGUUUCACCGUUGCGAAACCCAAACGCCACAUCUAAAGUAUUGAAUUUCGUCGCGAGAUUACUAUCAAUACCGUUUGUAAUUAAAGAUGUCAACCAGGAUUGCCUGACGAAAAUUCGAAAGGUCUAUUUAGAGGUGAAACUAGUACCUAAUUUGGUGUACGCCUGUAAACUACUCCUAAGAGAAUGUCGUGAAGAUUCAUCAUCCGAUCUAUCUUCUCCGAUAAACUCGCCUUUACCAUUGGGAGUCGAAAGGUACAGAAAACUAUCGGAAUUGUCCGAAGACGAUUUCCAGGCGAUCCAACACAUAUUCACAUUGAUCGCCCAUUUAGUUCACAUCGAUGAUGAUUUUCUGUUGCAAUUUUGCGAUUCCGUGGUUGUAUUGUCGGUGUAUCUGUUGGUUAAACUUCUCCUAUCGCUCAACGUUAAAGCGAAAUUGCGCAUAGUUGCCGAUGUUCUGGCUGUAUUGACGAGGCUGUUGAAGCAGUUGCCGGAAAACGGGGACGUCGUGGUGAAAAUUAUUUCAUCGGAUUCCGAUCAUCCGGAUAAUGCUCCUCUCGAUUUGGUGGAUUUAUUGAAGCAUUCCGAGCCGCUGAUGAGGGAAAGAACCUGCUAUUUUGUGUUGUGGUUGAGCAAAACGCAGCAGUUUAACGUUGUGAGAAGUCUGUGGAAUGUUUCUAUUAAGGACACUUUGGAGGCUUUAAUGUACGAUUCCAUGGAGACUGUUAGAAAUGCCGCCGAAUGUACUGUGAUCGAGUUGAAAUCGAAGGAUUACUACAGAGAGAUUAAAUGA